GCCGUCUGAGGAAGGUUUUAAAAGCAGGUUCUGGUUCCCCCGCUCCUCCUUUAUUAAUACUCCUACCAUCCCUUCUUCACAUUUUAGACGCACACACUCAUAUAAACAGUCAACAGCGCGCUCAGGCACACGGGAGAGUGCUACUGUGGUGAGCCUCUGCAGAGAAGCUGCACAUCUGAGACCAGCUGGAAGGACAGAAUGGGUGUGUGGACGGCCCUGGUUCUGGCCUCACUGCUGCUGUUAAACCUCUGCUUGCACCUGGAAGCCAAAGUUUUGGCCUAUGAUCUCCUCACAUCGCCCGAUUGCCUGCCCGACCUGCUGCAGGGAGGUCUGGCCGAGCAAGGGACAAACGAGGCUUUCAUCCUGGCCACCUUCAAGCUGCAGCCCAAGGGUGGAACCACGGUGUUUGGGCUUUACAACCCCAGAGACAACAGCAAGUAUUUCGAGUUCACAGUGAUGGGGAAGCUAAACCGAGCGGUUUUACGCUACCUGCGGAGCGACAAGAGGAUGACCUCCGUUACCUUCAACAACCUGGUGCUGGCGGACGGCCAGCAGCACCGAUUGUUGUUCCACCUGAGGGGCCUGCAGCAGCAGGGGCCACCCGGGGUGGAGCUGCAUCUGGACUGUCGGCUGGUGGAGACGGUCAGGGAUCUCCCCGCUGCCUUCCAGGGUUUGCCAGCAGGUUACGGCACAGUGGAUCUCAAGACCAUGCGGAAUACGGAUCAGGAAAGCUUAGAUGAGCUAAAGCUGGUGGUCGGGGACUCGUUUGAGAACGUUGCAUCGUUGCAAGACUGCUUUUUCCAGCAAAGAGACUCUGUUCAAACUCUGGGGGUUAACACAAAACAGCUCUCCAAUCAAAUGAUGGAGUUGACAACGGUGAUAAACGAACUGAAAGAUGUCCUCAUUCAGCAGGUUAAAGAAACUUCAUUUCUCAGGAACACCAUCUCAGAAUGUCAGGCCUGUGGUCUGGGUGGUACUGAAGUGGUGAAACCAAAGUGUACCCCAGGCGUCUGCUUCCGUGACGACAUGUGUAUAGAGACGGCUAACGGCGUUGAGUGUGCGCCGUGUCCUGAUGGAUACACCGGAGAUGGUUUCAACUGUGACGAUGUGGAUGAGUGCCAGUUCAACCCCUGCUUCCCAGGAGUGAAGUGUGUGAACACCGCCCCGGGCUUCCGCUGCGACGCCUGUCCGCUGGGCUACGCCGGCCUGCCAGUGGAGGGGGUGGGCAUUUUGUUCGCCCAGACAAACAAACAGGUCUGUGAUGACGUUGAUGAGUGUAAAGGACCCGACAACGGAGGCUGUGCUGCAAAUUCAGCCUGUCACAACUCAGUGGGCUCCUUCCACUGUGGCAGUUGUAAGUCCGGCUUCACAGGAGAUCAGGCGAAAGGCUGUAAACCAGAAAUCAGCUGUGGGAACAGCCUGACCAACCCCUGUGAUAUUAACGCCCUGUGUAUUCCAGAAAGAGAUGGGUCCAUCACUUGUCAGUGUGGAAUUGGCUGGGCUGGCAAUGGAUACCUUUGCGGGAAGGACACAGACAUUGAUGGAUAUCCUGAUGAGAAACUCAAAUGUAAAGAUCCAAGCUGCAGAAAGGAUAAUUGCAUAUAUGUUCCUAAUUCUGGUCAAGAAGACGCUGACAGAGAUGGCCAAGGUAAUGCCUGUGAUGACGAUGCAGAUGGUGAUGGUAUUCUCAAUGAGCAGGACAACUGCCCACUGAAGCCAAACGUGGACCAGAGGAACAGUGACAAAGACAGCCAUGGCGACGCUUGUGACAAUUGUCGCGUGGUGGAGAACCCUGACCAAAGGGACACUGACAGCGACGGCAAAGGUGACGCCUGCGAUGACGACAUGGAUGGAGAUGGUCUGAAGAACUUCCUUGACAACUGUCAGCGUGUCCAGAACCGAGACCAGCUGGACCGGGAUGGAGACGGAGUGGGAGAUGCUUGCGACAGCUGCCCCGACAUCCCCAACCCAAACCAGUCUGAUAUUGAUAAUGACCUGGUUGGAGACUCCUGUGACACAAACCAAGACAGUGAUGGAGAUGGUCACCAGGAUACCAAGGACAACUGUCCGCUCGUGAUCAACAGCUCCCAGCUGGACACCGACAAAGACGGGAUGGGAGACGAGUGCGACGAUGACGACGACAAUGACGGGAUUCCUGACUUUUUACCACCGGGGCCAGAUAACUGUCGGCUGGUGCCAAACCCGGACCAGACUGAUGACAACAAUGAUGGUCUGGGAGAUGUGUGCGAGUCCGACUUUGACCAGGAUAAAGUGAUUGACAGGAUCGACAACUGUCCUGAGAACGCAGAGAUAACCCUGACCGACUUCAGGGCCUAUCAGACGGUGGUGCUGGACCCCGAGGGCGAUGCCCAGAUUGACCCCAACUGGGUUGUUCUGAACCAGGGAAUGGAAAUAGUUCAGACCAUGAAUAGUGAUCCAGGACUUGCUGUUGGCUACACGGCUUUCAGCGGGGUGGACUUUGAGGGGACCUUUCACGUGAACACAGUUACAGACGACGACUACGCCGGCUUCAUCUUCGGCUACCAAGAUUCAUCCUCUUUUUACGUAGUGAUGUGGAAGCAGACCGAGCAAACCUACUGGCAGGCGACGCCCUUCAGAGCCGUGGCCGAGCCCGGCAUUCAGCUCAAGGCUGUCAAGUCUAAAUCUGGCCCAGGGGAGCACUUGAGGAACUCACUGUGGCACACGGGAGACACCAACGACCAGGUGCGCCUGCUGUGGAAGGACCCAAGAAAUGUGGGCUGGAAGGACAAGGUGUCCUACCGCUGGUACCUGCAGCACCGCCCACAGGUUGGAUACAUCAGGGCCCGGUUUUAUGAAGGAACUGAGCUGGUUGCAGACUCUGGCGUCACCAUCGACACAACCAUGAGAGGAGGACGACUUGGCGUGUUCUGUUUCUCGCAAGAAAACAUCAUCUGGUCCAAUCUGAAAUACCGCUGCAACGACACCAUCCCAGAGGAUUUCCAGGAGUUCAGCACUCAGCACGCUGCCGACUCAAUCUAACAGGAAGACAGACGUAGAUGAAGCCCAGUCUCCAAAGAAUGCGUCUGUGUGUGGAAGAGCGCGUGACCGUUGGACUGUUUCCAGUGUGUGUGUAUUGACAUGUACAGUUUCUAAACCUUUAAGACCACAAUCCUUGUACUGUAUGUACAGACUAACAUGUCCUUUCACUCAAAAUGUACGCUCUCUUAAAAAAAUAGUCCCUGAAUGACUUCAGCUGAGUUUGUUGCGCUGAAUCUUAUAAGUUAUAAUGAAUUUUAGCUGCAAAAAAAAUUAAAGAAAUAGGAGAAAAAGCAAACACGGCUUGUGGUUUACACAAUAUGAAUCAGGCAUCAAGGGAAGAGGGACAUGCUCCAACAAAUUCUCAAAAAAUAUGGAAAAUACCAUGACAUUUAAGAAUAAAAGCUUCUGUUCAAAGUUUGAGCCACCUACGUUUAUGGGGCUUUAUCAGGAAAUACAGGAAUGUCUCCUGCCAGGGGCGAAAAUCCCGUUUCAUAGUUGGGGGGGACAAUAAACAGUAAAAUUUUAGAGAAUAAAUCCAGUGGGGACAAGGAAUAAAAGUUUUAGCCUUCCUUUAAUACAGCAUUUUGACAUUUUCAUCUCUAUCUCGCAAACAGGCAGAAGACCUUUCUUAGAGUAAUACAAAACAAUGGUAUUAGGUGGAAGGUGCAAUAAUACAGCACAUCUGACAUAAUACACUGCAAAAACCCAAAAUCUUAACAAGAAUAUCUGUCUUAUUUCUAGUUAAAAUGUCUCAUUUUUAGUUAAAAAAAAUCUAAUUACACUUAAAAGAAGACUCAUCACUGGAAAAAGAUGGACAAGAUUUUUUUGCUUGUAAUGAGAAGAUAAAUCUUGUUCCACUGGCAGAUUUUUCUACUUAUUUCAAGUGAAAAUUUACUUGAAACAGGUGAAAAUUGUUGUUUUUUUCCAGUGAUGAGAUGAGAUUUUGUUUUAAGUGUAAUGAGAUUUUACUGUUUAUUAUUAUUUUCGAUUUCGGUUUCGGCCACAAAUUUUCAUUUUGGUGCAUCACUACUAAAUACUACUGCAUUGUUCCAAAAUUAUUAAUUCUGUCUCAAAUUAUUCUAGGGGGGGACAGCUUUACUAAUGGGGGCGACUUGUCCCCCCUGUCCCCCCCGGGAUUUUCGCCCCUGUCUCCUGCUGAUGACAGCAGGAGACAUUCAAAAGCCUCUUUGCUUAACCCUCCAGAUUACCUACAAGAAUUUACAAUACUAUAACUCUUUCAUCACACAAAUGAAGCAGAAACCAUAACAAUGAAUUAUUGAACCUUCUGCAGCAUCCCAUCAUCAUACUCCUCUCAAACUUCUGCUUUGUAAUUAUUGCAACACAUGGAAACCUUUAGUUUUGGAAGCUCAAGUUUACCUUCUUUGUCAUCGGUUGUUUUGAGCUCUGUUUUCUUCUGCUGUAAAACUUGGAGGUCAUUAUUCUCUCAGCCCCCUUACACGUACAAUUUCACAGCGAACCGAGGUCUGUGUGAUUAAACAUUUCCAGACUAUUACAUGUAAGUGUAUUUAAUUGUCUGCACCGUCUCGCUCAUUUCCUUGUUUUUCUGCUUCACAUCUAAAGUAAACAAAUGGAUUUCUAAAUGUUUCCAAAUGAGCUCAAAAGGAACAAAGCAUCACAUUAAACACAGUAGCUUUACAGAUGAAUACCAUUUUAAUAUUUUAACUCAACUGUAAUACCAUGAACAUGCUUAUACUUUGGAGCCACAUCCAAAACAUUUUCGUAUCAUCCUGGUCUCAUCGUGUUUUGCUAUUUUUAUAGAAAAGGAUCAACAAGUUUCUAAAGUUUUGACUCAAUUAACUUGGAGCUCAGUGCAAUGUUUCUCCUUCAUUUGAGCCUUAAGACCAUGUUUGUUACAUAUCUAUCUAAUUGUGAACAUGGUCAGAAUAAAGAUUAAAUACAUCCAAAUAUGUACCAAUUGUGAUAACAAAGGUUAAAACUUUCAGUAUUAAAGCAAAGGUUUUUCACAUUAAAA